CCAGUCUGGUCCGGGAAAAGCUGCAGGCAGCAUCUCCAGCCCAGCUCUCCGAAGAAUCCGGCCCCAGAAGCCAGCAACUCAACCCACAGCACUCCAGCCAUGGAAUCCCACACCAACUGCAGCUGCUGCUAUUGCACUGAGUUGAGCAACGUGGAAGGGCAAAUGAAGGAGGAAACAUUACAGGAUCCUCAUAUUUUGCCUCUUCCACCCCAGCCCCCACCACUAUUCAGGAUGCCUGUACCACCUAGGCCACCCCCUCCACCUCCAUUUCCCUGGCCACCUAUGCCACCUGAUGGUCAUAUGCCACAUGUAGCUAUGGGAUAUAACCGUGCCCGGAAUGGCCAGUUUGCAGGUCCUAGACACUGAAGUGUACAUCAGUUUUCCCAAAGUGUUUUCCAAUAAGAUUUAUACAGUUCAUAGAUAUUGUUAAGCGUUACUUAUCAAAUACCUGUUAAAUGAAAUUGUGUACAAAGCUAGUGCCUUAUCCUCUGUAUACAGUUACGAUUUCCUGUUCAAUAAAAGUUUGGUUUAGCAGCA